GCAGGUAUGAGCGAAACCACACGAAUACUCGUGCGAAAUACUUGCACUGUCACGCUCAGUCCUUAAUCGCUGUAGUCAAGCUCAACAGUACAUUGCAAAUUAACUAGCACGGAGCUUGGGAGUUUCUCUGCCGGCUCGCACAGACUUCCAUUCGCGCCAAUGCUUCUCGUCCUCGCCAGGGCUCACAUGUACUAGCACGCCCGUGUCACCACAGACAUUAGGCGUUAGUGGACAGGACUCCAGCCACUCACCUUAGGCAAGCCUAAGGCAAGAUAUGGAGCCUGGCGCAGUGCUGGCUGCGGCUGCGCGGCUAGAGGACGUGCUGUCCGCCCUCUCGCUGGACGCCUGCGAUAAGCUGGUGGACUGCAUCCGCGCAGCUGUGUCCUUGCGUCCAGCUCGGGCGGCGUGCAGGGCGCUGCGGGACUGCGUCGACGGCAGCGUGCGGGAGGUCCGCGUGGUGGUCCGGGAGGCCACGGAGCGGAGCUGGCGCGGCUCGGGGGAGCUGGGGCUGCUGCCUUUCGCUUUCUGGCCGCGCCUUUCUGGGGUUCACAUUAUUCUGGAUGAUGCAGCGGACAUAACGGCUCGCUUGGAGCGGGGCGAGCCGCGCGAUGCGCCAGACGACGUGGGGCUAGAGACCCUGCUGGCGCUGCCGUUCCUGGGAAUGCCGAAGGCAUCGCGGCAGCGGAUCACGCACCUCUCGGUGUUCCAAACAGGCAACAGUGCAUGGUAUGCGGAGUCAGCGCUAAAGAGCCUUCUGCAGAGCUUUUCUGGGUUGCGGUCUGUGGAACUGCACGGCGUCCGCCACAUGGUUCUUGGCUCCGCCGUACAGGACAUGUUGUACCAUUCGCUUGCGGAGGCGGCGCCGCGGCUCGAGCGCCUGACCCUGCCUGACCUGGCUUGCCUUAGUCACCUCGUCAGCGUAAUUGAGUCAGAGUGGGAAGCCGAUCUGAGCUUCAGCCGAAGCGCUGAGCGCCAGCGUGGUCGCAGCCUCCACGGCAGCACGCGCAGCAGCAGCGCUAGCGGAGAACGCGCCGCUGGCGGCGGUGCGUUGGCGGCGGCACAGCAGCAGCCUGGCGAGACUCAACAGGUGAUGCAGGCAGCAUUCGGACACGUGCAACAGGUUGAAGUCAUACAGUCCACAAACCUGCACGGCACUGACGGGCCCAGCCUGCACGCCAACAGCUUCCUCUUCUACUCGUGGGACUUCCUGGGGGGCGCGCGCUGCUUGCGGCUGGAGUGCUGCCCCCUGUACGCGGUUGCAGAAGCCGGGGACGAGGGCCUGCUGCAGCAGCCGGGGCAGCCGCGGGACGUGUUGCUGUCGCCCUACGGCUUCCUGGGCCCCAUGCUCCAGUACUCACUACAGCUGCGCUCGCUGGAGCAGCUGCAGCUGCGGCAGUGCUGGCUGCGGCGGCUGGAAACGGGAAAGCUCAGUAGGUUCGACCUAGAUGUGGGCUACGCGCCAGUCGCGUCGCUCGCGCUGCCAACGGGCCGCUGCACGGAAUACCGCGAGAUCGUGUCCCUGCAGCUGUCGCAAGGGUACUUCCCCAGCGGUCAGAGCACGCCGUCACUUCAGGCUAACCUGCCGGGCAUGCUGUGCCACAGCCUGCGCACCCUCACAGACUUUGUGGGGCGCGUGCUGGGGCAGCAAACCCAGGCUCAGACCGAAACCCCAACGCGGGUCGUGGGCAAGGGCUUUCGGUGGCUGAGCGUGCCCUGGCUGCUGCUGGAGGGCAGCCGCGGCGGGGCGCCCAGUCAGGACGACCUGCAGCCGCUCCGGGCGCUGCACCAGGCGUGCCCGGAGCUGCGCAUCGGUGUGGGGGCGCUCGUGGCCCUGCACCCGCUGCAGGGAGCCCGCGCCCUGGCGGCCUGCGGGCUGCCUGUGCCUCCGGCUGACCAGGCCUGGGAGUGGGCUGCCGAGGCUGCGGACGCCAUCGCGGCGCUGGGCGGCCCGACGGCGGCGAUUCAGCAGCUGCACGUGGGCGUGAGCGUGUCGUGCGGCGGUAGCAGCAUUGGCGGCGGUGGCACGUCCAGCCUGCGGCACCUGGUGUUUCUGGCGCCCUGCGGCGGGCGCGUCAGCCGGGGCUGCAGCGGGGGCUUUGGCGGCUCGGGCUCAGCAGCGGCGGAGGGGCCGGACGGGCAGCAGCAACAGCCGCGCACGUACGAGGAAGCGGUCCAAGAGGCGCUGUGGCGUAUGCUUGCGGCAGGCGCCCUGGCGGCAUCGGCGCCUGCCGCCGCCGCCGCCGCCGCUGCUGCUGCUGCUGCUGCUUCCUUUGCCGCGGCCUCGGCAGCCCACAGCCUGCCAUCGCGGCCGCCGCCUCGGCCGCUGCUGCUGCUGACGGGCCCGGCGGUGGCGCUGAUGGUAAAGGCGCCGGCGGCGCUUCAGGCCUGGCUCAGUCAGCUAGCCCAGGGCGCGGCCGAGUGCGCCGUCGACCUGGCCUUCACACGCCACAUGCUGGGAGGCGAGGAUGACCACACCUCCCAACAGCAGCGGCCGCAGCUGCUUCCGCGCAGCUCCUUCAUCCACUCAUACCUGCCGCUGCCGCUGCAGUCAGGCACAGCCGUGCUGCUCACGUGCGGCGCCGCGGCCCGGGCGGCGGAGGCUGUGGAGGCGGCGGCGCGGCAGCUGGCGUGCGGCGAGGCGGCUGGCUCGGUGCAGGUGCAGGUGGCGGCGUGUGCGGCCGCGGCUGUGUCGGAGGCCAGUGGCGCGCCGUCGCUGGCUUCGCUGGGCUACACGAACGCGGCCGCGGCUCUGGUAGACACGCUGGCAGAGGUCAUCCAGGAGGCGAUGGACGCCGCGGAGGGCGCCACUGCCGGCAGCGGCACCGGCAGCAGCUGUGGCGGGCGUGCGGGCGGCUCCGGCGAAACAGCAGGGGGCGGGUCUGGAGGGGCUGGUCCUAGCAGCGAUGGUGGAGGAGGCGGAGGCGGAGCCGGAGCAGCUGGCGGAGGCGGAGCAACAGGCGGAGGCGGAGGCGGCUUUCAGCGCGCGCACCUGGAGUGGAUGCAGGAGCUGCAGCGGCUGCCCCACUCGGUGCUCAUGGUGUAGGUGGCUUGGGCUUUAUGUGCUGGGAGGGAUAAGAUACGUGCCGUGGUGCGCCGUAACACGUACCACGACGGAUGAGGUACAUGCCAGGAUCAUGCAAGGGAGGUAACAAGACUGGGGCUUUGCGCAAUUGUACGGUACGGUUGAGCGAGACCUUUGUGUUUGUGGCGAGGACACCGUAAUGUAGCGGGAGGCUUCUCAUGGUUGCCGCUUUGGACUGCACGUUUGGUUUCCAAACGCGUAGAGUCCCUGCACUGUGGCGUCCACAGCACCGAGAACAAAAGCAACGGUAGCAGGUGAUAUGAGGUUGAUGCAGUAUCGCUGUGACCGGUGGAGGGUUGAAUAUCCCUGUCGAUGUCUUAUGGGCUAUUGCAAACGAUCACGGUUGUUGAUAGCGGCUUCGUAGGCCGGGGCAACCCCGGGGAAGCUGGUGUCGUGCUGCGUCAUGCUGUGCCAUUGCUGUGGGGUCAUUUUGGCGCGGUCUUGAGGAUACCAGGUCCGCAGCAUAUACCAGACACUUAAAAGCCGCC